CUCUGAUUUGUCAAUUAUUUGCAAUUUUUCGUACAACAACGCGCCAAUGGCGCUGCAUUCCCAUAGUUUCCAAUAAAUAUCAGUACAACGCAAAAGUUAAGAGAACAUUUAAAUUUCCCAUAGUGUCCAAUAAAUACCAGUAUAACACAAAAGUUAAGAGGUGGUUGGGCCAUAGAAAUGAGCGACAUGAAUAGCGCCACUGACGCCGAGGGCGAUGAGGUUAAUACACUGGAACAAUCGACCAUAACAAUGGUUGACGUGCUCGAACAGGAAAAGGAAAUGGAGGACGAGUACGCCGCGGUGCUGGGCGCCUCCGAUGAGAAGGCCUGCACCUAUGCCAAAGGUCCCAUUCAGCGGCAGGCCUUGUACUCCUGCCUCACCUGCUGCCCCGAGGCUCGCACGGAUCUGGCCAAGUGCGCGGGCGUCUGCCUGGCCUGCUCCUAUCGCUGCCACGAGAACCACGAGCUGGUGGAGCUCUACACCAAGCGGAACUUCCGCUGCGACUGUCCCACAUUGCGCCUGGGCGCCGUCAAGCGCUGCUGCCUCAAUCCCCAGCUGGACGGACCCCAGCCGCCAAACGACGCCAAUCUGUACAACCAGAACUUCCAGGGCUUGUACUGCCAGUGCAAGCGUCCCUAUCCGGAUCCCGAGCGCACCACCGAGGAGGUGAUGCUGCAGUGCGUCGUCUGCGAGGACUGGUACCAUUUGCCACACAUGAAGGCUCCGGGGGCGUCCGAGAAGAUGCUCGAUGCGUGCAGCGAAAUGAUUUGCGACACUUGCAUGGACAAGCACCAGUUCCUGCGCGACUACACUGGCCUGGCACUGCAGCCCGUUCAGCCGGAGAAGGAGUCCAAGGCAGGGCCAGACGAAGGCCAGGUCGACGCCGCAGCUGAAGCUGAAGCAAAGCCUGCGCAGACUGAGGAGCCCGCUAGCAAACGCCCCAAGCUCUCUGCUGAGGAUUGUCGUCGCCCCAAUCCCAUUAAGAAACACCAGGGUGCCGCCUUCUGGACCAACGACUGGCGCAAAUCGCUUUGCCAAUGCGCCGAGUGCCUGGCCCUCUUCAAGGAGUUUGCCGUGGAGUUCCUGCUGGAUGCCGAUGACUCGGCCAAGACGUACGAGGAGCGCGGCAUGAAGCGUGCCGAGGAGAACUCCAGCUACGAGCAGGGCAUGCGUGCCCUAUCCUCCAUUGACCGCACGCAGCAGAUCGAUGCGAUUACCCAAUACAAUCACAUGACGCACAAGCUGAAGGAUUACCUAAAGGGUUUCGCCUUGCAAGACAAGGUCGUCACGCCGGAGGACAUUAAUGUGUUCUUCAAUCGAAUGCGCGAUGAGAGCAAGCCCAGUGUGGGCCAGCCGCAUUUCUGUCGUUAAAUUGGAGGCCCCACACACACACAGAUAUAUAUCCUAAGUUCAUAUAUACCUAGUAUCACACACACACACACACACACACACACACAUUCCUUCCCCCAUUCAGAGCAGAUAUAUACAAAAAAAAUACACACAUGAACCGUGUAACAUCAUAAAUUAUAGUUUAUUAUAUAUAUUAUUUUGUCAUUAA